AUGUCUCAACAACCCAAUCUCCACCUUGCACACACAAUGACGAUAGAAACUUCAAAUAAUAGUGGCAGCACCAAAAUGUCCAACACCACGGAACAUAAUAACAAUAUCAAUAACACCAACAAUACUCCAACACCUAUUGAACCGUCACUUGACUCUGUCAUUAUUCCAUCAACUUUUACUUCAUCAUCAGCUCCUCCAAAUCCGAUUGGAAGAGAUGAAAUUCUCAUUCCUCCCAUCAACUUUUGCAUGGUUAUGCCCGGCGUCUAUCGAUCCGGCUAUCCAAACAAAAAGAACUUUCCCUUCCUGAAGAAGAUUGGACUCAAAUCCAUUUGUUAUCUAUGUCCCGAGCAAUACGCACACAAUAAUAUGGAAUUUUGUAGAAAGAACGGUAUUCGUAUCUUUCAAUUCGGAAUCGAAGGAAACAAAGAGCCUUUUGUUCAUAUACCAGAAGAAGCAAUCCGAAAAGCCAUCAAGGAACUGCUCAAUCCAAAGAAUCAUCCCAUCCUCAUCCAUUGCAACAAGGGAAAGCACAGAACUGGAGUACUCGUUGGUUGUUUGAGAAAAACACAAAACUGGUCCUUGACGAGCAUUUUCGAUGAAUACCGAAGAUUUGCUGGUAGCAAGGUGAGAAUGUUGGAUCAACAAUUUAUUGAAUUGUACAGCAAUGUGAGUCAAAUUUAA